CAUCGCCUUCCGUUAUCUCCCGAUAUGCCCAUUCUUGCCCAUUUUCGUCCCAGUCUGACGAUUUUUCUUUCUUCUUCUCACUCACAUCAGUCUGGGUGGUUGCUACCUGACGUCGUAUACCAUUUAUAUUACUAAGAGAACCACUUGGGCGUGCUGUUUCAAAACCAUUUAACCUUUAUUUUGUUCCCAUUACCCCACCGGAACUGUCUAAACGGGCCGCUUCUUAUACAUCUUUUCAACGUUGAUUCCUCUCGAUGUUGCACCACUGCACCUAUCAACUGGGAGGACUGUGAAUUUCUUCUUCCUUUUCUUAUUCUCUUUUGACCUUUUAAUAUCGCCGAUUAAGAGGACCUCGUGCUCUCUGUGAGGGCAUGGCUCAUACAGAGAGGAACAGUGCGUUGGCAGGGUUGAAGAUCGACACUUCUUUCCCUCUUACACACAGACCUAGAUGGCGAAGUGAGGCAGGAGGCAGGAGAGUGACGGAUGAUGGAACUGGUAUCGAGGGCGACCGUACAAACAUCUUUCACGAAUCUGGCGCACGCCGUUACGGUACUGAUGAAGACAACAGUGUUUUGAGCAGUCUGCAUUCAGCGACUCCCCCUAUCUCGGUACCCCGACAUGAUGAUCAUCCUAAGGAAGAUGUUAGCUUCCCGGAAAGACCUGAGGAUGUACAAUCAUCUCCGCUUGACAGCUUCCUUCACAGCCGCCGCCGUUCCGUCAGCUUCGACCCGAACAUCACCCUCGACUCCGGACAGCCCCAGGCGUUGGGAGAGCCGUUGGCAAAAGGAGUUAUAAGGACCAGACCCCAGAGGUUCCAGGCAAAAGGCUCGAGCUUGAAAAACACGCUACCCCAGGAUGAGGACGACGAUCACUAUCCGAGACACGGAUACAGGGCUCAGCGGGGCUUCGACUCUCAUGAAGGCUUUCUGAGUAGUCCUGAUGAUGACAUGCGCGUGAAUUCGGCAAUUGAUCGUCCCACGUCGUUGACAUCGAUCUCCACGGCUUCCCCCAUCACAGAAGAACUGCGUACCCCUCCUGAAGGAUCCAAAGGCGCCCUGCCGUCACCUUUCUGCGUAGCAUCUCCUGUGCAAGGAUUUGCUUCACUUGAUGACCGCAGCUCCUGGUCUAGUAGUGUCAUAACCCCUUUUGGAAGCAAAACAAGAGGGUUUCGAGGCUCCACUCGCCAGAGCUCCCGCCGAUCAACAGCUUCGAGCGGCAAAUCUCCCGCCAGCAUGUUCCUUUCAAUGUGGAGCAGUGGCGAAGAGCCUGCGCCACAGCCUGAUGAUGAAGGCCAAAUGGUCGGGACUGAGUAUGUUCUGGGAAAACAGAUUGGAUUUGGGGGGUUCAGUACGGUAAAGGAGGCGUACAAAGCAGACGAAACUGGUGGAACCAAACGGUUGGCUGUUAAGAUCGUGCGGAAGCAAGUCUCAGGGAAGAAUGAGAAGGAGAACGAUGAGGUUCAAGCAGAAUUCGAUCAUGAAGUUCGAGUCUGGCGAUAUCUCAGCCAUCCAAAUGUUCUCACGCUUGACGCUGUCUACGAAACUGACUACGCGACAUUCUGCUUUACUAAAUUAGCCAUUGGCGGUACCCUUUUCGAUCUUAUCCGGCAAAACCGGCGCGGUCUUGACAUGAAGCUUGCAAAGAAAUAUACGUAUCAGUUAGCGUGUGCACUGCGAUACCUGCAUGAAGACGCCCGAGUGGUGCACCGAGAUAUUAAAUUGGAGAACUGCCUUCUGGACCCGAUUGAGCUUCCAGACGGAACGAAAGCAUCGAACCUUGUCUUGUGUGACUUCGGAAUGGCAGAAUGGAUGAACAUAGAUAACGGGGGUGACUCUCCCGACCCAUACGACGACGCUGCGGAUCGGCCGCCGCCUAAAACGAUCGGCCCUGCUGGAUCAAGUACUAGUGUUGCAGGAAGCCUGGAAUAUGCAUCUCCAGAACUGCUUCUUUCCACCAGUGGUGUCAUUGAACCGUCGGUUGACAUAUGGGCAUUUGGCGUGAUCGCUUACACUGUGCUCGUUGGGUCUCGCCCCUUCCAAGAUCCGUUCACGCCCCGCGUUCAGUCGCAUAUUCUUAGCGGGAACUGGGACAGGACGGCAGUUUUAGGUGAUGAAACAGAUCCGCUGGCUCGCAGAGACCGGGAGCACGCCCUUGAGUUGAUCGAGGGUUGUUUGAAUAUGAGCGUUGAAAAACGUUGGACCAUCCGUGAUGUACUCUCAUCCCGUUGGCUGCGGGAACUAUCUGAAAAGGGCGAAGAUGGUGAAGCCGACACCAUCUGGAAGCUGUGAAGCUUUUUCUUUUUUCUUUUUUUUUCAUUUCUUUUUUUAUCCAUUCCGUAUUGCUCUCUAACCCGGCUUGGGUGGGGUGGCUUGAAAUAUGGGAUAUGAUGCUUUGCAUUUCGACUUACGAUAUACUGAUGAUCAAAACUGGCGCUAUUAUGAUAUGAACAAGCGCUGGUGUUCGGGAUUAGUGAUCAUCUAUGAUACCCUCUCUUUUUGUGUUUUUGUUGCUUGCGACUUUAUUAUAUGUUCACAUUUCGGUAUAUGGAGGAGGCUCCUGCAUACAUCAUUCUGUUCGCUCUUGGGGGUCUCACAUGAUGGGUUUGAUUGUUCUGGUCGGUUACUACUUUUCAUGCAAUGGUUGGUCAUGGUAUCUUUGAAGGAUAGGUUCUUGGUUUCACAAGCAUGGCGUUUGGCUGGUCUCAUUUACUGCACCGUUAUAUUCUCCUUUCCUGUAACUAUAUAGCUGGUAGCUGUGCUGUACUGUGCAGUUAGUGGAAUUCUAGUUAUAAUAGCAUUCGCCUUCUAGAAGGAGGUUUGAAAAGAAAAAGAAAUUCUUAAACUGGGUUGAGAAAAGCUAUCACAUCGUGCACACCGGUAAAGUCAACCUUGAAUAGGCAUAUUCU